CCAUUCAGCAGCCCGGCGCCGCAGUCAGCUCAGUGAGUCCGGAGCCUGCGGAGCGGUUUAUUCACACCGAGCUGAGAAAGCGAAGCAGCGAGAGGAAGCGAGCCGCAUCCGCCGGACACAAAGCCCUCUUCCCGGUCAGCCGUAGUUUCACUUUGGAUUUUCAGCAAAGAAAGACGGAGGUGUGUGGGGGGAAAGCAGCUGCGCCUGGAACUGUGGAGUUAUAUAAGAGCAGAGGGAACGGCAGCCGGGUUGCAGGGGCCGCUGUGACUCAUUGAUAAAUUACUCGGGCUCUCCAGGCAGACGCAUGAAUGAGCGCCGCUGAAGGCAACUGGCAGUCGGGAAAUCCGUGAAGAACACCGCGUUGUAUUUGAUCGCAGGAAUAUCUACGGGGGAGAGUUGAUUUAAAGCUAUUCUGCGAUUUUUUUUUUUUAUUAUUGAACAUCACAUAUAUAUAUAUUUUUUAAUUCCUUUGAGCAGCAGCUCGGACUGACAAAAAAAGAAAGCCGCGUUUCUUACUCCUGCGUAUAAAUGCUCGACAAGCUCAAGCCCGUCGUCCAGCUCGACUCGGUCAUGGCGAUCAGCAAGACGGUGGGCUGGCUCCGGGAGCAGCUGGAGACGCGCAGGGACGGCCUGCUGGUCAUGGACUGCCGGGCCCUGGAGCUGUACGAGUCGUCGCACGUCGAGACGGCCAUCAACGUGGCCAUACCGAGCCUGAUGCUGCGCCGGCUCAAGAAGGGCAACCUGCCCGUGCGCUCGCUGCUCACCGACGGCGAGGACCGCGAGAGGUUCGUGCGCCGCUGCAAGACGGACACCAUCGUGCUGUACGACGAGUACAGCCGCGAGUGGAACGAGAACGUGGACGGGGGCUCGGUGCUGGGCUUACUGCUGAGGAAGAUGAAGGACGAGGGCUACAAGGCCUUCUAUCUGGAGGGCGGCUUCAGCAAAUUCCAGGCAGAGUUCCCGGCCCUGUGCGAGACCAACCUGGACGGCUCGUUCAACAGCAGCGGCAACAGCAGCAGCAGCAGCUCCCCCACCACCACCACCCAGGUGCUGGGCCUCGGCGGCCUGCGCAUCAGCUCCGACUCCUCCGACAUCGAGUCGGACAUCGACCGCGACCCGAGCAGCGCCACGGACUCGGACGGCAGCCCGCUGUCCAACCCGCAGCCCUCCUUCCCCGUGGAGAUCCUCCCGCACCUUUACCUGGGCUGCGCCAAAGACUCCACCAACCUGGACGUGCUGGAGGAGUACGGCAUCAAGUACAUCCUCAACGUGACGCCCAACCUGCCCAACCUGUUCGAGAACGCGGGGGAGUUUAAGUACAAGCAGAUCCCCAUCUCGGAUCACUGGAGCCAGAACCUCUCGCAGUUCUUCCCCGAGGCCAUCAGCUUCAUCGAUGAAGCCCGGGGUCAGAAGUGUGGCGUCCUGGUCCACUGCUUGGCGGGCAUCAGCCGCUCGGUGACCGUGACGGUGGCCUACCUGAUGCAGAAGCUCAACCUGUCCAUGAACGACGCCUACGACAUCGUCAAGAUGAAGAAGUCCAACAUCUCCCCCAACUUCAACUUCAUGGGCCAGCUCCUGGACUUUGAGCGCACGCUGGGCCUGAAGAGCCCAUGCGACAACCGCAUGGCGCCGCCGAGCCAGCAGCUCUACUUCACCACCCCCACCAACCACAACGUCUUCCAGCUGGACCCCCUGCAGUCCACGUGAGGUCUGCCCAUGAGUGCCUCUCUUGUUGCUGGGGGGUUGUAGGGUUUCCACCCCCCAAAUUCUCCUCUACUUAUUGAAAAAGUUGCUAAGAAGUUCUACAUUUUUCCGUCAUCUGGUGUGCGGACCUGGCUCUGGGACGAUCCUGAUGCAGCUGGGCUUUUUUUUUUUUUUUUGUCUGGGUGGGGGCGACAGCUGCCGAGCGGGCUUACUGGAGGUGCCAGAGCAGCCCGGCCAGCACACAGCUGCUGCUGACUGAAAGAGGACGGACAGUUGAGGCAAGAGACUCGUUUAAAGACUGCAGAUACUUUCUACAAUCAUAUUUCUGUUCAACUCUCCGGGUGUGUCCUCUGUUUUUCUUGUAUCCGAGGAAACUGAGCAGUGAUUUAGAGAGCGGUGUGUUCCGCUUCAAAGAUUCUAGGCUGGUGUGCCAAAGAGACCCGAGUGUUCAAAGUGGACCGAAAACGUUUUGUAGGUUGGUUUUGGGGUCACCUUCCCCAUGACUUAAGGGCACAAUGCCCCCUUCAUCUUCUGUGAAGAAUCGCCUGUGUGGGGUUGAAGCACCCCAGCUUUAGAAGGCACAACGUAUACCGGACUCAUUUUUACACUUUUCAAACAUUUAUACUGUACAUUGUGUAUAUAUCUUAAUAUAAGAGAGAGAGUACCUUUGGAAGUAGGUACUGAAGAAUCUGUGUUUCAUAUUCUAGUUUUGUGUAAGCAAACCAUCUCUGCAUAUUAAUCAUUAUUCAUACGUUGAUUAUGCCAAAAAUCAAUAGGCUUUCCAAGACUUGUGCAGACACAUGUACAUUUGCUUUAUGUAUCAAUUCAGCCAACCGGCCUUUUUUUUUUUUUUUUGGGUCUUUUUUUGCACUCUCCCUUUCACGAAACAGUGGUCGUCUGCCUUACUCUCACAGGGGUUUGUUUCACUUUAUCCUUCAGAGAAGUUCCUUUUUUCUGCUUUAUAUCUUACGAUCCUCCAAGCCGUGACUAAACGGGUCAGAUUUUUUUCUUCAUCUGGCACCAUUGUUAAUGAUAUCCUGAGCUACGUGAUGGCCGACCAUGACACAGACCCACAUGGUCUGUAUCUCUGGGGGUUGAUGCGGGCGACCUCGCCCCGUGCACAAGUUAUAUCGGGCGGGUGGUCAAAGCUUCUUCGGGGGGGAAACUCCUUGAAAUGCAGUUUUGAAUUUGUCAAGAUGAGAGAAGUGGCCUAAAAUAAGAAAGAUGGACGACGUCGCCAUGUUGGUGAUCUCUGCUCCCCCAUCCACACUCCUCUCUUCUGAUUGUAAAGGAAAGAUAAGUUAUUAAUAAAUUGCUAUUUUGUCUACAG